AUGCUACGUCAAUCAGUUGCUCAACAGCAAGCGCCAUUCUCAUCCUUGGAGUACAUUCAAGACAACGUAUCCAUCGACAGGUCUUUGUUGCUGGAUAUCGUUCAUGAAAACCAUCUGUUGUACCAUAUGGAACAGAGAGAUCGCCCAAACAACAUUGUCCGUGUGCUGGUCAAUCUUCACAAAUUCAAAGCCACCAAGGAGCAGCUAGCUAUCGCUUACGGAAAGACCAAAUUGGAUGUUGCAUCUCUUCAUGUCACUGAUUCCAGCAACAAAAUCAAUGAGGAAAACUGGUUGGAGUUUCUCGGAACAUCUUGUUCAUAUGGUGAUUAUCUGGUCUUUUUCGACAAACAGAUGUCUGCUUUGGGAUUGGAGGAGACGUUGGACAGAUACUUUUACUCUCUUGAACCUUCCAUCGGGUCCCAGAUGCAGCCGUUGGUACAGCUCUCUUUUGGCAUUGAGCACAACCUCCCUGAAAUCAUCACGCAGGCAUUGGCUUACUAUGCCUCAUCUUACCUAGAUGUAUCCGCUAUCCUCGAGUACUGUCAACCUUAUUCGGGAGAGAACCAAGCCAACAAUAUCCAGUUUGUCAACGGCAUCAUGUUUGAUCUUAUUCACGCCGACCAGAGAUUUGAUGGUAAAAUUGAAGGCGAUAACACAUUUCAAUCAGCAGUGAAGCUCUUGCUGAAGAGCAAAUCCGACUUGAUCAAGACUUAUAUGGCGGUAUGGUCUGGCUAUUCGCAGAGUCCACAACAAAAGCUGGAUGCGCUGUUGUGCACAGCAACAACACUUGCUAAAGUAGCUUCCAAACGCAACGCAACACAUGUAGAGCUUGAUUGGUUUUUAGCAGGCGGUCAAUUGAUCGAUUCUGCAUUGGCAAUCCAAAAAGUCAUUCGAUCAGACCAGCUGGAGAACUGGGUCAACGUUCAGUUUCUAUCCACACUUUGUACAUUUGUCGUCCAAGGCCGACCUAUGCAUGUCGUAUCAACACCACUGACAACAAAUGAUUGGGAAUCAUGUACCUCCAUUAUAGUUAAAAAUGCGUUUGAUAACCCGAAACUAAUCUUGGCAUUGGAUUCUGUUAUGAAUGCUCGAUGCCAACAUCCUCAACUGGAGCCAUUAUGCUUGGAGGUUGCCAACACAUUAGCACUGUUCUCAAGCGAUGGCACUUGGGUCAAGUCAGGCUUGGGCUGGUCAAACUGA